GUAUAAGGGGGAAGUGUCGUAUGUCCCUAUUGCUGAUUGGGUCAACCUACACAGAGAGACAUUCUCCAGGGGAGGUAACUAUUCGCUCAGUGAGGCUGAGGCGCCUUCUAGACCGUGGCUUGCCCAGGAGAUACCGGAAAUCACUAAGAGGAGCGCCAAACAUGUUUGUUUUGACGGUGGAGAGGGUCACUGUGUUAUCUACUUGAAGGAUGGUGGGCCGUUGUCCAAGGAAGAAGAGGAUGGACUUGUUGAGCUCAGGGAACGAUUCACUUCACAACUACAUAACCGAGGCGCUAAGCUGCGUUGGGUGUGGCUCGAUGUGUCCAAGGAGGCAGCUUGGGCUGAGAUGUUUGGCAUUAGUAAGUUCCCCAAUGUUGUCGUUUUCAACCCUCAUAAGCGUCUCCGCUUCUGCAAGUUUGACGAGGAUGACGAGGAGCAUAAGGGAGAUAAGGAAGGCAUUGAAUACCUAGUGGAUAAGGUGCUGGGAGGUGACGGCCGAUUCAAGAUUGUUAAGGGACAGAAACUUCCGGAACUUUCGGAAAGGGAGGAGGAUACGAAGAAGCCUCAAAAUGGGAAGGAUGAGUUGUAA